UCCAGCACAUAUCUCCUGCACCCUGUGUUUGUUAGUGUGUGUGAUGCAGCAAUGACACACUGACCAGACUGUGUGUGGCGAGCUUUGAACAGACCGAAUAGAACUGCAUGAGACGAUGAUGUGGUGGUGUGCGCUCCUGCUCUGUGCGGCUCUCUCUGUAGAGUCGUACACCGUCCACGAACUAUAUGAGAACUUGAGUCACGGUCGACAGCUGAAGAUCUACCUGCCAAAGAGUGUCGAUAAGCUUGAGUUCACGCCCGCUGAUGAGCCCAAUAAGAUCUUUCUGUACUGGGAGAGGGGCCACGCCAGGGCCUCCAGAGGCCGAGUGUCAGGGACAGGAACUGACCGCCGCUGGUACCUCGAGAAGGUGACCUAUGAGGACCAGGGGACGUACACACAGAGAGACUACUGGAACAAGGAGGUCUCCAUUGUUAAAGUGGUCAUCAAGCCGCGAUACAACUACCCGAAGUGUGUGGCAGGAGAGAGCCUGUACAUCCCUCUGGAGGGACUCGACCUCGCAGACAGCUUCCUGAAGUUCAGUGGGGCCGUCAAUGUCACUCUGGUGAGGGAGGGGGCUCGGGUCUCUCAGGACCUACCAGACUACUGGGACCGUGUUCAGACUCACUCAAUGAAAAUCGAGAUUCUGAACGUGAACGUCAGCGAUGAAGGUCACUAUUAUCUGAGGGACCGCAGAGACCGGCUGGUGUCUGUCACCAGGAUGGAGCUGACAGCUCGCCAUGAGUACUCAGAGGGGAACCCUCUCAUGGCUCUGCUGCUGCUGCUCGGGAUCCCUGCAGGGAUCUGCUGCUGCUGCCGCAAGAAGAUCUUCAAGCAGAAACAAAACACAGCAAACACGCUGCAGGCCGUCCCUGUUGCGGUCCAUCCCCCCCCUCCCGUUGGACCUGUUGGUCCUGCUCCUCCCUAUAGCUCUGGACCUCCAGGAGGGGUGUACUACCAUGGCCCUGACCCCAACAUGGGUCCUACAAUGUACCCCCCUCCUCAGCCUGUAGGUCCAGGACAGUGGCAAGGCCCCCCUCCCUCCCAGGGUUUUAACCCCGCCUACCCUCCUCAGAAUCCAGCCUACCCCCCUGCUGGUCCACAGUGGAACGGUCCGCCUCCGGGUAUGCAUCCCCCAGGCCCUGCUGCUCCGAUGGGCUAUGCUCCAGCUCCAGUCAUGUACAGCUCUCCUCCACCAGAGGAGCUGAAGAUGCAGAAUAUGGCCUCCUCACCUGCAGACCCCCUGCUAACCAAGGCAGCACAGGCUGACUCCGCCCACUUCCCUGAGGCUCCAGUGCCCCCUCCCUCUUCCUCCAGUGCUCUGCCCGCUGACGGGGCUGCCACUUUCCAGAUCCAGGAUGGGAAAAACACCACCAACUUCCUGUAGAGACGCUGCAGACUGUGAUGUCACAGACUGCGAUGUCCCCCCCCUGUGGACACUCUGUGAUCAUGUCAGGAUGCACAAUGGUGCAGGAGGAGCGCGCCUCAGUGUUUAACCAUGCAGGGGGAGGGAUGCUUAGGAGGUGUUUGGUUAGCCUUGUUAUCCGCAUUAGCAUGUGGAAUAGAAAAUUGAUGAGUAGAUGUUUAACAGGUCCAGGAUCAGUUUAAUUAUAGUGUAAGACGAGUCAUUAACAAAAAUUGUUUUUUAAGUGAUUUUUACAGACUGCAGCCAUCAGCUUCUGUGAUCUUCGUAUGAAACUUUUUGCUUUUUAAAGAAGUAUGAGGUGUCAGGUUGAGUUUUUUUUGAUGUUUUUAAAGAAGCAUCUGUGUGUGUCUUUAACACACUCAGCUGAGUGACAAAACGUGUAGUCCAACAGAAUUACAAUAUCAACAAAAGGGAAGGACAACAAAAACUGACGAACAGAAAUCUUAAUGUAGUCGUUUCAUUAUUAUGGCUCGAGCUGAAUGCCCCUGAUUAUAUCCUUCUGCGUUCUCACAUCAGCUCAUUAGGAAGUGAAGUCCGAGUGAAAAAUUUGGCUGUUUGCGUUCACACAUACAGCUCCUCCUGGAAAUAUCAGGAGACUUUCAGGAGUUUUCUGCAUGUGUGAAAGCCCUGUAACAUUCACAUUGACUCCAUCAUUCGUUCACACAUUCGUCAUUCUACACACACCUAUACACACACCUUCAAUCCUCCUCACAGCAUGUUAAUGAUGUAUAUAUUGCUGUGUGGUCAGGUUUAAUCUGUCUAUAGUCAGUGAGAGCUCAUUAAUAACUGAACAUCACAGAAAGACUAAAGAGAACGACCUCAGGUUUGCUCACAGGUCACAGUCAGACAAGACUCAGAAAAAAACAAAAAUGGCCAAAAUGCAGAACUGGAGGUUAUUGUCACUUUACCUGCAUGUUCUUAUAUAUACACUCUAUGAUAAUGUACCUUCAUUUAUAGAUACAGUUUAUGAUCAUUUAUCUAUGUAUAAGUAUAUGCGCUCUGAUAAUUUAUCAAUGUGUAAACAGUCUAUAUCAGACUUUUUUCUUCUGUAGUCUAAAAAUGUAGGGAUUCAUGCUAACACGUCAGGUGUGUGUUCACCUGUGUGUCACAUGACAUUGCUGUGGAAUCAUUCUGCCCUCAGUCAGAUCUAACCUUGAAGUGCUCUUUAAACACACGCCACACAAACAACACAGAACAGUAGCCCUUUAGACACAGAUUCUGCAAAAGCUCCAACUGCCCACACUCUGCCCUCAUGGCAUUCUGACUCUGCCACCAUCCCGCCCCUUAGUCUUCUCUCACUCUGCUCUCUCCACCAUUGUACUUUUACACUCCAUGGUUCUAUUAUUAUUGCCUAACAAGGUACUAGUUACUGGUGCCGCAGUUAACACAGCUAAACAUUGUUUAAAAAACCCACGAUUGUUGGUCUAACAAAUAACGCGUCUUCAGACGUCACACGUUUGUUCAGCCCUGCCGGCUCUGAUGUGUUACAUUAAUCCAGUCUCACACCGUUAAACCUCUGUUAUGACCUGUGUUACUACCUCUGAUGACCACGUUCACGCCACCAUCACACCUCGGAGGAUCAGCCUCGAUCAGACUAAAAGGGCUAUUGUUACACACUGUUAUACACACUUUUACACACUCGACUUUCUGCAGUAUGAUGAUCAGAGUUCUGCUGUUACCAUGGAAAUGUUGUCAUGUUAGAGAGACUGUUACCAUGGUUAUGUCACCAGGUUAAAGAGAAUCUUUUACUAUGGUGAUGGAGUCAUGUUGGAGAGAGUCUGUUACUAAGGUGAUGUAGUCAGGCUUAAAAGAUUCUGCUACCAUGGUGAUGUUAUCAGGUUAAAGAAAGUCGGUUACCAUCGUGAUGUAAGGUGAAAGACAGUAAGUUACCAUGGUGAUGUAGCCAGUCUCUGAUCUCUCCUCAUAGUGCGCCCCCUGGUGUUACAGCAGAACUCUGAUCAUGCCUUUGUGUUAAACAGCAGCUACCUCGUGUUUGGAUUACAAACCUCCUCAUUGGUCACACCUGAGACAUAUCAGCCAAUCAAAGCGAGGCAGGCAGUAUUGCCUACUGUAGAUUUUUUUUUUUUUUUUAAAGCUGCUGAUCAGUGCCUCAGUCUGUAGAAACAUGAACAUGUUCAGAUCUUAUGUUUCAGUUACCUGUGUGUUUUGAUGUGUACCUGUGUGUUUGUAACAAUCAUCUUCACUCUGAGCAGGUGAUGGUUAUGCUUUGAGCAGAGCUAAAUGCUCUGUGUUUCUCAACCUGUGGACUUUAUACACUUUGGGUUCCUACCUCUCAUUUAUCUCUUCAAACAGCAUCAAUAAAGCUUUUUAUUUUACACUCUGA